CGCACCAAUCAGGCUGCGCAGGUAGCCCGGGCUCCGGGAUCGGUGUUGCCGCAGCUCAAUCACUGCCGGGCGGACUCUAGAGGGGGCUGCUCUGAGUCUGCGCGACGCCCGGAAUUCCCACGGUUCUGCAGUCGCCGCAGCGAUCACCCGCCCAGUCUUUUGUAGCAGACACUGGGGUGCAGAAUGGUCUGGAAAGCGGCCGUGCUUCUCAGCCUGGUGCUGGGUGCUGGUGCUGUGCCCAUCGGUGUGGACGAUCCCGAGGACGGUGGCAAGCACUGGGUGGUGAUCGUGGCAGGCUCCAACGGCUGGUAUAAUUACCGACACCAGGCAGACGCAUGCCAUGCCUACCAAAUCAUCCACCGGAACGGGAUUCCUGAUGAGCAGAUCAUAGUGAUGAUGUAUGACGACAUUGCCAAUUCUGAAGAAAACCCUACCCCAGGUGUUGUGAUCAACCGACCUAACGGCACAGAUGUGUACAAGGGAGUCCUGAAGGAUUACACGGGAGAGGAUGUGACUCCAGAGAAUUUCCUUGCUGUGCUGAGAGGCGACGCAGAAGCUGUGAAGGGCAAAGGGUCUGGAAAAGUCUUGAAGAGUGGUCCUCGGGAUCAUGUAUUCAUUUACUUCACCGACCACGGGGCCACUGGGAUCCUGGUGUUUCCUAAUGAUGAUCUUCAUGUCAAGGACCUGAAUAAGACUAUUCGCUACAUGUAUGAACACAAAAUGUACCAGAAGAUGGUGUUCUACAUUGAAGCAUGCGAGUCUGGCUCCAUGAUGAACCACCUGCCCAAUGACAUCAAUGUUUAUGCAACUACUGCUGCUAACCCCAAUGAGUCCUCUUAUGCCUGCUACUACGACGAGGAGAGGGGCACUUAUCUGGGUGACUGGUACAGCGUCAACUGGAUGGAAGAUUCUGAUGUGGAGGAUCUCACCAAAGAGACCCUUCACAAGCAGUACCACCUGGUCAAGUCCCACACCAACACCAGUCACGUCAUGCAGUAUGGGAACAAAUCUAUCUCUACCAUGAAAGUGAUGCAGUUUCAGGGAAUGAAGCACAGAGCCAGUUCCCCCAUCUCUCUGCCUCCAGUCACACACCUUGACCUCACUCCCAGCCCGGAGGUGCCCCUGACCAUCCUGAAAAGGAAGCUGCUGAGAACCAACGACAUGAAGCAAUCCCAGAACCUCAUUGGGCAGAUCCAGCAGCUUCUGGAUGCCAGGCACAUCAUCGAGAAGUCUGUGCACAAGAUCGUUUCUCUGCUGGCGGGAUUUGGGGAAACUGCUGAGAGCCAUCUGUCAGAGAGAGCCAUGCUCACAGCACAUGACUGCUACCAGGAGGCCGUGACCCACUUCCGCACACACUGUUUUAACUGGCACUCUGUCACGUAUGAGCAUGCCUUGCGGCACUUGUAUGUGCUGGCCAACCUCUGUGAGAAGCCAUAUCCAAUUGACAGGAUAAAGACGGCCAUGGACAAAGUGUGCCUUAGUCACUACUGAACAGCUCUCUUCCCGAUCCUUGAAGAGUGAGUGAGCUCAGUCCACUGGAAUGUGAACCAACCUGAGACUGAAAGGGUGGAGCCGGAGGCAGCACCUAAGCCCUGACCCCAAGAAUAGCACCUAAGCCCCGCCCCCAGGAAUACCGCCCGCUCACAGCAGGGCUUGCUUUCUGAAGAUCCCUGCUUCCUAAGAAGCCAGUUUGGGUCGGUAAAGCUCUCUGGAGGAAGGAGCUUUUGCUUCUUCGGAGUUUUUUGGUUUGUUUUGUUGUCCAUUAGCUUUCAAGAGCAAAUUCACCGCGGCUUCUAUAGCGAGGGAAGGAAUCAUCUGAGAAAUUCGAAGCUGAAACCUCUUGCCAUCUUCACAGCGAUUUUACUGAAGAGGGCGGAACGCAAGCCCCUACGGGAGAAUUAUUUUUAGAAUUAUAUAAUUUUUGAUUGCUUUUAUAUUUUAUUCUGUAAUAAUGGAUGUCUUUAAAAAAUGAGCGAAGCGAGACAUUUGAAUGGAUGUCUUAAAAAAUUAAGUGAAGUGAGACAUUUGUUUCUGGA